AUGACGGUAGCGCCGAGAACGCCCCCUGCCGCAUCCGAUGCAACCGCGGAGUUGCGCUAUGAGGCCGAGCCUUUAAUUGCUGAAGAAUGGGGAGCCGAACCAGGGUCUGUGAUUAGUAGUGAUCGGGAUGAUUCUAGUCAGAUGACCAAGAGUAGUUGGCAUUUGUUUAUAUUGACGUUUGGUAUGGGAGGAGUCCAGGUAAUUUGGUCUGUCCAACAUGCCAACGGAUCUCCCUACCUCUUAUCGCUGGGUAUGAGUAAAGCCCUGCUUGCCUGGGUGUGGGUUGCUGGGCCACUGACAGGAACUAUCGUACAACCUUAUAUCGGCAUACGCAGUGACAAUUGUCGCAGUCGCUGGGGUAGACGAAAACCGUUCAUAGCAAUUGGUGGCGCGACGACUGUGAUAUGUCUCCUCGCUUUGGCUUGGGUCCGAGAGUUGACCGGCAGCAUAUUUGCGGUAUUCGGUGCCGACCAUGAAUCGGAUACGGUGAAAUCAGUAUCAAUCAUCGGUGCGAUCAUUUUAAUGUACUGUCAUGAUUUCGGGAUCAAUACAGUCCAAGCCGCUAUGCGGGCAUAUAUUGUUGACAAUGCUCCAUGGCAUCAACAAAAGUCCGCCAAUGCCUGGGCGAGCCGUGUUAGCGAAGCGGCAAGCAUCCUAAGCUAUGCUUUUGGCUACAUGAAUUUACCCGAGAUAUUUCCCAUACUGGGCAAAACACAAUUUCAGGUGAUCUCUGUGAUAGGAAGUUUUUGCCUGAUAGGUAGUUUGUUGGUAUCAUGCAUCUUUAUCGAGGAACAACGAACCCAUGACAAACCAAGGGCGGCGGUGAGAUUGAGCACGAUGAAUUCUUUCGGUAUGAUUUGGAAGUCUGCACGGCACCUCCCCCCUCAGAUAAAGAAAGUAUUUGCCAUUCAAUUCGCGUCUUGGUUUGGAUGGUUUCCAUUUCUAUUUUAUAUCACUACAUAUAUCGGCCAAUUGUAUGUGAAUCCCAUCUUCGACAAGCACCCUGGUCUAUCCAAUGGUGAGAUAGACAAGACAUGGUCAGAGGCUACCCGAAUUGCGACAUCUGCCUAUUUCUUGAACGCUGUCGUUGCUUUUGUGGGCAGUCUUGUGCUACCACUUAUGGUUGUAGCACCAUCACAAAAAGCAUUCAAAGCUUCCACAAGUGGGAGCCCUUUACAGUCUCCACAGCCGACUUCGAGCUAUGGACCAUUUUUGCAAAACUCGUUAUAUGUUCUCAGGAAGCUCCGGAUACCUGGCCUGACUCUUCGACGACUUUGGCUAUUUUCACACUUCCUAUUCGCGGUUUGCAUGUUCAGUACAGUUUUCAUAUCAUCACCUGGAAUCGCUGCGUUGAUGAUCGCAAUUGUUGGCAUCCCUUGGAUGGUUACAUCUUGGGCUCCAUAUGCAUUUAUCGCGACAGAGCUUGCACAACAUAACGGCGAGCCGAGAAAUUCACGAGAGAGCAUAGAAGAGAGUAUCCGCCGCCCAAGUCAUGCAUACGACGAUGGGGAUACUAACGGUAUCGGGGAAGCUGGCGUUGUUCUUGGCUUACAUAACGUCUUCAUCUCAUUUCCCCAAAUGGUGUCCAGUCUCCUCAGUAGUAUCAUUUUCAAAGCGUUACAGAAACCACGGGGCCAACCAUUUGAUAAUAGCGUUGCCUGGGUUAUGAGAGUUGGAGGCUGUGCAGCCUUGGUAGCAGGAUUAUUGACGAUUCCUCUACAAGACCGGACUGCGGAAUAG